UUUUAUUUUAACUAAAUAUUUAGAAGAUGUCUGAGGAAUCAUAAUAUUCAGAACAUCCAGGAGGUUGGAUAGAAUGGUUUUGCGCACAUGAGGAUCAUCAAUUUUUAUGCGAAGUUGAUGAUGAAUUUAUUCGUGAUCCUUUUCAUUAAGUUGGAAUCAAAGGAAAAUUCAAUUUCUUUAAUGAAGCCAUCAGCAUGAUUUUAUAGCCUACUUCUCCUGAAGAUUAAGACUUGGAAGAUGAAAGAUUUUUAGAAGUUUAUUAGGAGGCAUCUGACAUUUAUGGUUUACUUCAUGCUCGAUUCAUAUUUACAUCCAAAGGAUCUGCAAUCAUGCGCGAACGAUUUUUAUAAGGAAAAUUUGGUCAUUGUCCUCGUAUAUAUUGUGAAAAACAGAAUGUGAUCCCCAUAGGACUAUGUGAAGAUCUUAAAACUGCCAGAAUCAAAGUAUUUUGUCCAAGAUGUGAAGAAGUUUACAUGCCUAAGAAGAAAUGUGCUGAUAUAGAUGGAGCGUAUUUUGGAAAAUCAUUUCCUCAAUUCUUAUUAAUGACCUAUCCAGAUCUACAUCCUAAAUUUUAGUUAUUGCCUGACACUUAGAUCUAAGUUGAUUUUUAACCAACAUUGUUUGGAUUCAAAAUUGCAGGCAAAUAAGGUAGUAAAAUAAAGAAAUAUGACUAAUAAUUGUAAUACAAUCACAUUAUUACAUAACCUAUCGUUUAAUCCGUAGAAUCAAACAUCCUAUAGUAAGAACAAAAGUAAUACAGAAUACAAAAAUAAGAAUUACAAGAUUAAUAAUAGCAAUAAUAAUAAUCCGAUUAGAAUAAAGAUCAACCUCACAAGAAAAAGAAUAAAAAAAAACACAAACAAUGA